GUCUCUUUAUUUACGCCUACCUCCCAGUCCUUGGCAAUCUGACUAAUAACAAACUGAGCUAACUAGAAAGACUCGACCGUGAGGAAGGAGAGCUGUACAGCAGUCUGGAUCUACAACCAAAGAAAGCAAGAGUGAACACCCCCGGGUCUCCGCAAAGCGUCUUGUUUAUUUACAGUGAUCAGCAGCUUGUCAAUGGUUAACUAUAUGCAAAACAAAGUCAGCAUAGCUGUGAAGUAUGCUGUGAAUAUUAAUUGGGGGAGAAAGGGACUCUGGCUUCAGGAUGCUCCAGUGUGUGUUCUGCCUGCAAGACUUUCAAUGAAAAUUUAAGGGCUCAGCGUUUCGCCUUCGACCAGAUGUUUUAACUUUCUGAAGCUAUGGGACUUGAGAAAAAGUGAUAUUUGAGGAGAAAGUGCACUGUGGUCCUGUGGUUGGUGUUUUCUUUUUCAAUAAAGAACCUGAUUGACUUUGGACACUUUUUCCAGCUGGGCAUUUCAUAUCGCACCAGGAAGUGACUGCUUUACAGAGUCAGAUCCAAUCAUAUGACAAAAUGAAGCUGUGGACUUAUCUCCUUUAUCCAUCUCUUCUUGCUUGUCUGUCUCUACAGUCCCAGUCACCAAUGCCCUCAGUCAGAGGCUCUUGCGACACUCUUUGUAAUUGUGAGGAGAAAGAUGGCAUAAUGAUAAUAAACUGUGAAGAAAAAGGAAUCAAUAAAUUAUCCCAAAUCAGUGUGCCACCAUCAAGACCUUUCCACUUAAGCUUAUUAAAUAAUGGCUUGACAAUGCUUCACACGAAUGACUUUUCUGGACUUACCAAUGCCCUUUCAAUACACCUUGGAUUUAACAACAUAGCAGACAUAGAAACUGGUGCAUUUAAUGGCCUUGGGCUUCUUAAGCAACUUCAUAUCAAUCACAAUUCUUUGGAAAUUCUUAAAGAGGAUACCUUCCAUGGUUUGGAGAACCUGGAAUUCUUACAGGCUGAUAAUAAUUUCAUUACGGUAAUUGAACCAAGUGCCUUCAGCAAGCUCAACAGGCUGAAGGUGUUGAUUUUAAAUGACAACGCUAUUGAGAGUCUUCCUCCAAACAUAUUUCGAUUUGUUCCUUUAACCCAUCUAGAUCUUCGUGGGAACCAGUUGCAAUCAUUGCCUUAUGUUGGCUUUUUAGAACACAUUGGCCGGAUAUUGGAUCUCCAAUUGGAGGACAAUAAGUGGGCCUGCAAUUGUGAAUUGUUGCAGCUAAAAAACUGGCUAGAAAAUAUGCCUCCACAAUCUAUAAUUGGUGAUGUGAUAUGCUACAGUCCUCCACCUUUCAAAGGGAGCAUACUGAGUCGCCUGAAAAAGGAAUCUAUUUGCCCUACGCCACCAGAAUAUGAAGAGCAUGAGGAUCCAUCAGGAUCUUUGCUGGCCAUAACAUCUUCAACAAGUGACAGCCGCCUAUCAAGCAAGAAUACGUCCAUUUUGAAACAACCUACCAAAGCACCAGGUUUGGUACCUUAUCUUACAAAGCCAUCCACUCAGCUUCCAGUACCUUAUUGUCCUAUCCCUUGCAAUUGCAAAGUUCUCUCCCCUUCGGGACUUCUAAUCCACUGUCAGGAGCGCAAUAUUGAAAGCUUGUCAGAUCUACAGCCUCCUCCACACAAUCCUAGAAAGCUGAUUCUUGCAGGCAACAUCAUUCAUACCUUAAUGAAGUCUGACCUUACGGACUAUUUCACUUUGGAAAUGCUUCACUUGGGAAACAACCGCAUUGAAGUUGUGGAAGAAGGAUCGUUUAUGAAUCUGACACGACUCCAGAAGCUUUAUCUCAAUGGCAAUCAUCUGACCAAACUCAAUAAAGGCAUGUUCCUUGGUCUCCACAGUCUCGAGUAUUUGUAUCUUGAGUACAAUGCGGUAAAGGAAAUAUUACCAGGGACCUUCAACCCAAUGCCUAAACUGAAAGUUCUUUAUUUAAAUAACAAUCUCCUUCAAGUUUUACCGGCACAUAUUUUUUUAGGUAUUCCUCUGACUAGAGUAAAUCUUAAAACAAACCAAUUCACCCAUUUACCUGUAAGCAACAUCUUGGAUGACCUUGACUUCCUGAUACAGAUUGACCUUGAGGAUAACCCCUGGGACUGCUCUUGUGACUUGGUUGGAUUGCAGCAAUGGAUACACAAGCUUGGCAAGGGCACAAUGACAGAUGAUAUCCUCUGCACUUCCCCAGGGCAUCUUGACAAGAAGGAAUUAAAAGCCCUCAACAGUGAUCUUCUUUGCCCUGGUUUAGUGAAUAAUCCUUCCAUGCCAACCCAGAGUAGUUAUGUUGUUGUCACUUCUCCCACAGUGGCGGCAGAUACAGCCGGUACUCUCUUCAGUUCUCUCACUGAUGCUGUGCCCCUAUCAGUUCUAAUAUUAGGACUCCUGGUUGUGUUCAUAACUAUUGUAUUCUGUGCGGCGGGGAUCGUGGUUUUUGUCCUCCACCGUAGGAGAAGAUAUAAGAAGAAAAAAGUGGAGGAACACCUGAGAGACAACAGUCCUGUACACUUGCAGUACAGCAUGUAUGGCCAUAAAACAACCCACCAUACAACCGAAAGACCCUCUUCCUCUCUCUAUGAACAACACAUGGUGAGCCCAAUGGUUCAUGUCUACAGAAGUCCAUCCGUUGUUCCAAAGCAUUUGGAAGAAGUUGAGGAAAGAAAUGAUAAAGAGGGAAAUGAUGCAAAACAUCUUCAAAGGAGCCUGUUAGAACGAGAAAAUCAUUCACCCCUCACAGGUUCAAAUAUGAAAUACAAAACUACAGACCAAUCAACAGAUUUCCUGUCAUUUCAGGAUGCAAGUUUAUUAUAUAGGAACAUUUUGGAGAAAGAGAGGGAACUACAGCAGCUUGGCAUCACAGAGUACCUAAGAAAAAAUCUUGCUCAGCUCCAGCCAGAUGUGGAGGUUAACUAUCCUGGGGCCCACGAGGAGCUAAAAUUAAUGGAAACAUUGAUGUACUCACGACCAAGGAAGGUGUUGGUAGAACAGACUAAAAAUGAAUACUUUGAGCUCAAAGCUAACUUGCAUGCUGAACCUGACUACUUAGAAGUCCUGGAGCAGCAAACAUAGAGGGGCUGUUUGUGGGCUUUUGCAGAAACGCUGUGAUUCUGACUUAAGUCCAAACUUUUGAAAUAAGUGCCUUACGUGGGUGUUAUCAAUCAGAAUUCAGCACAGCAGUAAUCCUAUGAGAGAUGAAAGAAGAAAGUGAAACUCAGGGACAAUUGAGGAAGCCAUGGCAUUAUCAUCAGGCAAUAUAGCCUGUUCCAAAUAAAACAAGUCCUUGCAUAUAACUGUUGCAAGGAGUACGUAGUAUUGCUCCAUAUGCUUACAAGUAUUUCAUAGAAUUUCUCUUGCACACCUAAAGGGUUGAACACAUAAAAAGCUCCAGUUUUCUUGGAUACUCUAUUCAUGACUAAAUACAAUUAAAUUUCAUCAGUUAAGUAUAUACCUGUAUAUAUAUAUAUACAUACAUAGUAUGUAAGGAAUUUAUUCAUAAUCACAUAUAUUUCUGAAAUUUAUAUUGUCAAUCACACUAAAUUUUCUCAUAAAAAGUGAAAGGGGAACUGGAACUUAAAUUUAAAAAGUGGCAAUAGUAAGUAAAAAUGUAAAUUUUGUAAUUACCUGGGCCAUUAAUGAUUCAGAAUUUUCAACAAAGGGUGCCAUUGCUAAGGUUUCUGAAUUCAGACUCAAGAUGGCAAAUAGUUCCUGUGGGAUAAAUAAGCAAAUGUGUUAGUUUAAUCUACACAUUUUCUGUGGAUAUUUUUUGAUGUAAUGCUGCUGUGAACCUAAGGUAUGUGAUUUGUGUUUGACAUUCUAUUCUUCUUGGGAUAUUUUUUUUAAAUGCUACUGAGAUUCUACUGUAUAUAUGAUUAGAGCACUUAGUAAGUUUGCUUCUUUUCAUAGUGUUAAUUAUUUGUACAACUGGAUGAUAAUGAUAAAAAACAUGUCUUUUGUGGCAUUUAAUUCAAAGGUAUAAAAUGAAUAGUAAAACUUAUUUUAUUUUUAUUGACAUACACUGAUAGGUACUGUAGAUUAGUAGCAAGAGGCGUUUCUACAGGUAAGUGUUCUGAGCUGCCUCAGGAGAGGGACAGUGUAGCUUUAUUUUACAAGAAGGUAUCACUAGAUUUCUAUGAACUAUUUAUUCUGUACAGUUUUGUAUAUUUUUGGUUCACAAGAUAAUUAUACUUGGGUGCCUUUUAAGAAAGUUUAAGAUUAUUGCUCACUUCAAUAAAAGUAAAAUGAAAACAU